GUAAUAGAUAUAUAUUUUUUCAAUUAUGCAAAGCUUGCUAGAAAAGUAGAACAGGCCCAUAACAUAAAUUUAACAAACUAUUGGAUUUAUGUUUUAUAUAUUCUGCAUAUAAGCUUAGUUUAAAUCUAAUGCUAUGAUUAUGUAUACAUGGAACGAGCGAGAUGCAUCAUUAUGCUUUCUUCAGUAUAUUUUUUCUGCACAUGCCUGGUUUUUUUGGUAAGAUACUUUCUUUUGUUUUAUUUUGUUUUUGUUUUUGUUUUUGUUUUUGUUUUUGUUUUUGUUUUGUUUUUGUUUUUGUCAUUCUGCUGUUGAUUUGGUUUUUCUAGCAUAGUGAUAUCGGGGCUAGUUGUUUUUGUAGUCUGGCAUGUGUUGAGUGUUGAAUUAGGAGUUUCAUGAAAGAAGCUUGCCUAAGUUAGCUUUUUAAAUACUAGUAGUCAUUUAGUGCCCCAUGAUUUUAUGAUAUUAUUAACUUAUCAGGUCCCCCUCUUUUUAGAUAGGUAAGACACACACACUUGUACACCCAAUAUUAUCAAUAGGGCAAGUACCUUUAACCUCCCAUGUGAGAGGAGGAGGAGAUACCACUUGGGCUAGACUCUUUGUGCAAUUUCGUUUCAUCUUUUGCAUUUUAUUUCUCUUCAUUUAGUUGAUUUUAGAAAAUUCUUGGAUAUAUUAAUAAUGGCUAUCAUUCAAUUGUUUUUUUCCUUACAUUUUACAUGGAUGAUUGGCAAAGUAUCAUACUCCUGUUUGCACCCUACCCCACGUGCUCCAGACGGUUUGAUAGGCUGCUUUGGGAAAGCAUCAGAUGAAGACAUGUUGUCCUUCAUUAGGGUCAUACAUAGCAUUCCGCCAGGGGCUAAAUGUUAAGAAUAUACCAAACACAACUUAAUGAUGCUUGGUCUAAAGAAUCUUAUAAGACGUGCGCCAUCAUGCAUUCAUGCUACCCUGGUCGGAGUAGUUAUUGGAAUAGGAUUAGCAUCCCUGAAUGCAUGAAAGUGAGUCAGACGACUCAGAACAUGGAGCAAGUGCCCUAAGAAUGUGCCAACCUUCAAAGAUAGAGGUCAGAGAAGGUGGUGACACCAUCAGCCCUAUGAAGAACAUCUCGAAGUCAGAUCGUGGUUCUGAACAUGCACGGAUGGCUCUUGAUGGAAACCUGCCUGGCUGGCUGAAUGCAAAGGGAAAAAUAAACAAUAAAAGAUAGCACAGGAAAGCAAGAGAUUUUGUGACAAAUCUUGCAAAUGAACCAAGCCAAGGAAGGGAAUAAUGCUGAUGCCCCACUCAACAUCCCCGUGAAGCGAAAACGGGGUCGGCCAAGGAAAGAUAAGAGCCUUAAUCGUGGGGAGAGUGCUAAUGUGCCACCCAGAUUUCAAGGGUUGAAUGAAAAUAAACCCCGUCAAGUCACCUCAACUGAUGAUGCAAAUGAUGGCACGGUGGGCCAGACAGUUAAAGGUGUUAUCGAGGGAGUAUUUGAUGCCGGUUAUUUGCUCACUGUUAGGAUUGGCAACUCUAGUACCUAUCUAAGGGGCAUUGUUUUCAGGCCAGGACAUUAUACUCCUAUUUCAGCAGGAAACGAUGUGGCCCCUCAUGUUCAAAUGAUCAGAAGAAAUGAGAUUCACCUCCCAACAGAAAAACAAACUCACACUUAUGGUCGUAACCCGAGAUCCAGAGUGAGGAAAAAGCAGCGUAUUGGAAAUGGAACUGCUCUUCUGCUGAAUGGAGCACCCAAUAAAAAUCAGCUGCAUGAACUUGCCCCUCAAACUGCUAAGCUGAUGGCUUCAAGACCAAAACAUGCACCCCUGGUGGCAGACGCUGAUGUUCCUCCAGUAGGCUUAAGAAGCACCGUGGUACCAGUUGAACUACAUCCAGUCGAUUUAUUAAAUGGGUCAUCACCUGCCAACGACGUACCUCCAGUUGUAUCCCAAGCUACUCAUAUGACAGAAGGCAAGCAGAUGCAGAAAGUUGCAGGUCAAGGGCUAUGCACGCAAACCCAAACCAACCGUCAGGUAAGACCAGAAAGUGUACAAAAUGGAAAUGGUGCGUCUCAUCAAGGCGCAUCAGAAGUCUUGCAUGGUGAAGAAGCCAAGUUGGUGAGAUUGACUGGCUUGUCAACGGCGGACAAAAUUCAUGGGAGGGUUGAAGUCUCUUCACAAUCAUCAGAAUUGCAUAUUGAGAACAGUAUGGCAGCUGGUAAAUCUUCAGGGAAAGAUUCUGGUCUUUUCCCCGAAGGAGGCACUGGUAACAUGAAUGAGCCUCUCUUAGUUGAGCCCCUGCAAACUAUACAUUUUGUUGUUCGUAGCCCACCUGCACCUGCUCCUGCUCCUAAACCUUUGGAGAACAGAACUGGCAGAAUGACUGCGCUGUUGCAGGCUUUGCAGGAAAGUAUCACAACUGGGAACCCGGUGUCUCAAGUUGAAGACCAGGCCACAGUUUCUAGCCUUGAGCCUCAGGAACCAAUGAGCCCAGAAACUGAUUUUGGAGACGAAGUAGCCGCCCAGUCAAAGAAACAUUAUCAGGAAUCAAGUGUCUGAUUCUGCUGGAUCCCCUGCCUUGAACAUGUUAUAGCAUCACAAUUGUUUCUAUACAAACUAUACUACCUACAGAGCUGUGCCAGAUCAGUCCUAUUAGGUCAGACAAAAACUGUGAAGGUUUGGGAACUGAAUCCAGGGAAAGGCUCAAGGGGAUCCUUAUUCUGUUAAAAUUUACCAAACACUUGCCUUUGUUGUAUGCUCUAAUUAUAAUUUAUCCGAGCUUAUUAGGACUUUCCUUUGUGGUUUUGGAUGUUUGGCAUUAGAAGAGAUUUUUACGGUAAGUGUAUAUUUUCUGGAA